UUUAGCCGCGAAACGUUGGAAUACCGAUAACUGAAAUAGUAGUAUUAUUACAGAAAUAUUAUAUUAUAUUGUAGUAUUCAUUCGAUUUGGUUAUACGACCAUUGCGGAUCUAAUGUAAGCUCUUUUCGAUAGAAACUCUUCGUUUUUAAUUAAUUGUGAAAGUGCGUGUUUUUUCCAAUAUAACGAUGUUAGUCCGAUGUUCGCUCACUAUCCAAGAUUUAAACUCUCCACAGUCUAAAGGACGACCACUUAAAUCAUGUGUGAUGACCAAAAAAGUAAAUGACAAAUACUAUGUGUGUGUCAAGAAUUCAAUGUAUCCGAAUAUUAAAUUCUUCAACUUGGCCAUGUUGAAGAAUCUGUACAACAAAUUUAUUUCAGAAGGAAAAAUGGGAUUGGAGUUCAGGGAUCCUAAACAAAUAUUGUUGAUCGAUUCUCAGCAUAAGUCAGAAGUUCUCAUGUUCUACACUCAUAUUAAGGCUAUUGUUGACGGGAAAAAUGUGAAGAUUAGUACACAUCAAAUGCCCAAGACAGUAUCUAUUAAAAAAGCCGUUAUUAAUCGUUUUGAUCCAAUGACUACCGAGUUCAUAGCUGUUAAUCGUUUUGAUAACCGUGUAUUGAACAUGAGACUUUUGUCUAAACUUGUGUUGGAAAAAUGUGAUUUACCAACGAUUCCAGUAGAAAUUGGUCAUUUGCCUAUUAAAUAUCUUAGUAUAUCGGGUAGUAAAUUACCUACUAAUCAAGAUACCUUCUGGAAUUGGACGUCUAUUACCAAGAUUUGCGAUACAUUAACAACCUUAAAAAUAGAUGCCAUAGGUCUGAAAAAAUUGCCAUUUGAAAUAAUGUUCCUCAAAAAUCUACAAACUUUAUCUGCAACCAACAAUAGUCUGUCAUAUUUACCUCAGUUUAUUGGUGAACUCAAGAAACUCAAAAACUUAUUUCUUUAUGACAAUUUGUUAGUAUAUUUUCCUCAUAGUUUAUCUUAUAAAACCUAUAACGAAAUCGACCUAUCAGAUAACUUAUUUAAUUUACCAAGAAGUCAAUCAAAAUAUGAUCACUUACUUCAAUAUUUGGCGGCAGUUGACACUAACAAGAUUUUGACAGAAGAUUUUGAACUUACUGUAAAACCAUUAAGUCAUUUAGCAUUGUAUAAUUUGAUGGAUAAUUGUGUACCAUUCAAGAGACAAGAUAUACCUCGUACAUUGUGGAUGUAUUUUAAUUUAGUGGGUCGUUGUAUUAUUUGUAUGAAAUGGAUACUACCAUAUUACUCUAAAAUAGAUUAUUCACAUGCUUUACCUGAAGCAAUAUAUUUAAUUAAAGAUCAAAGAAACAUCAGUAUACCAUGGCAAUCAAUGUCUUGUAGUAGUCCAAAUAAUUGUAUGAGACAGGUUUAGUAUAAGUCAUAUUUAUGUAUAUAUAUCAAUAUAAAAAUAUAAGUAUAACAAUUAGUUAAUUAGUCAUAUAAAUUACAUAUCCAAUAAUUAUUUUAUCAUCAGUUUAAUAAUUUACUCAUUAUACUAUAACUAAAAACAAUUAAAAUAGUUCUUUUUUUUCAAUUUUAUAUUUUCUUAAUUAAUCAUAGUAGUUUAUUUGAUUAUUUAUAAUGUUAUAUUAAAAUAGUCCAUUUUAAUUGUAUAAAAGUAUGAAUCUCUUUACAAUAUUUUUUUUUUUUACUUUUUGUAUAAAAAUAUUUUAUAAACAGUUUUCUUACUAUAAUUUAGGAUGAUUAAAAUUGAUAAUUAUAUUAUUUAAUAUCAUUUAAAAUAUAAAAAAAAUUAAUAUAGAAUAUUUAUCUAGUUGAUUAUUUGCACUAAUUUUGAUCAAGAAAAAAGAGAUUUGUAACAAUGGCUAAAAAUGUACUAUGUAUUUUUAAUUUAAAUGUUAUAUCACACAAAAUAAUAAUAAUAAUAAAAUCUACUAUAUUAUCUUAAAGUGUAUAUAAUUAAGCAUAAUUUUAAUUUGGAAAGCAUAUUAAAAGUUCAUUAAACUAAAUUAAAGUAAUUUUUAUGAAAUUAAUGAAAUGGUAUUACUUUA